AUGGCAGCCGUUGUAGCAUACCGAAAUCUCAUGCGCGCGGCUCGCUUAGCCUUCCAGGGCGACGCUCCUAUCCUCGUUGCUGCGCAAAGCCGGAUCCGAGGCGAGUUCAGAAGCAAGCAAAGCCUCGAUCCCAAAGACAGCAGUGUCAACGAGGGUAUUGAGCACGCGACGCAAGUGGCCAAGGUUCUGCGCGAGAAUGUGGUCCAGGGCAAGAAGAUGGACGGGGAGGAGGCCAAGUACAAGCUACGAAUUCACGAACAUACCGAACGAGGUGAUAAUGAAAGCAUAAAGAUGACCGGCGCCGGCGUCGCUGGAGGCGGCUGCUGCGGUGGUUCCAAAUGA